UCGAGUUUCUGUCUGACAGUCAGCAGAGGGAGGAGUGGACGCACAAAAAUGCAGUUUUCCACAACAGCCUCUGCCUUGUGUUCGGUCAAAUUGGAGUCCCCCUCUGUAACAAACUGAGAAACGAUUAUUUGAUUUCCUCUACACAUUUCCGUCUUAUUUUUGGAUGAGGAAAUCGCGAGGAGCUUUUUGGGCAGUAACCAUGAAGCCUUUGUGAUAGGAUGAGAAGCCCGGUGCCUCGGUUCAGGGACGUCGAGAAGCAGGCGAACAGCUUGCAACCAGUGCAGUGUGUUCUUCCCUGUCAUGACAGACAGAGCACCAUGUGGUUUGUUCGGGACGCCUGUGGCAUUGUCUGUGGCGUUAUCACAUGGCUGCUUGUUUUCUUUGCGGACUUUGUCGUGCUGUUUGUCAUGCUGAUUCCAUCCAAGAACCUGACCUACAGCUUGAUGAACGGUGCAGUCUUUAACAGCCUUGCCUUUCUGGCUUUGGCAUCGCAUUUCAGGGCCAUGUGCACAGAUCCGGGUGCUGUACCAAAAGGAAAUGCCACAAAAGAAUACAUAGAAAGCUUGCAGCUGAAGCCAGGUCAGGUGGUGUACAAAUGUCCUAAAUGCUGCAGCAUUAAGCCUGACCGAGCUCACCACUGUAGCGUCUGUAAAAGAUGCAUUCGAAAGAUGGACCACCACUGCCCCUGGGUCAACAACUGUGUUGGUGAAAGUAACCAGAAAUACUUUGUGCUCUUCACGAUGUACAUUGCACUCAUCUCUUUGCAUGCCUUGUUCAUGGUGGUUCUCCAUUUUUUGUACUGCUUUGAAGAUGAUUGGACAAAAUGCAGUACCUUCUCACCUCCAGCUACAGUCAUCCUCCUCAUCCUCCUGUGCUUUGAGGGCCUCCUCUUUCUCAUCUUCACCUCUGUGAUGUUUGGCACCCAAGUCCAUUCCAUCUGUACGGAUGAGACGGGUAUAGAGCAGUUGAAAAAGGAAGAGAGAAGAUGGGCUAAAAAAACUAAAUGGAUGAACAUGAAGGCGGUAUUUGGACACCCCUUCUCAAUAGCAUGGUUUAGUCCAUUUUCUACACCUGACCACGGGAAAGCUGACCCCUACCAGUACGUGGUCUGAGUUCAGGAAAAGUAGCCCCCUUUCCUUUCCAGCUUUACGGUAGAGAUUGGAGUUCACUGGACCCAUUUAACUCCAAAAACUCUGGCCAGCAUCCGUGAUUGUAAUCCUGACUUAAGCGAUGUGUCUUGCAUUACAUUUACCAGUGGGACUAUUACUUUGCUGUAAUGAAACCUAUAUGUAAAACAUUUAUCCCAUAUCUUAUAUCUUUGCAUCCAUUUAUUUUCCGCAAAGAUAAACUUCAGGACCGUAGCUCAUUUUACACCAGACGGAGUAACCGCUUAGGCACUGUUGCAGUCUUCCUUGCGUGGUGUUAAUCAGUGUAGCCUUUACUCUACAGUGUAUCUUUUUGGUGCUUUUAAAAGAGACACCUCUUUUAGGUGAACUCUGGGUGCCAGCUGACUUGUUCUUUCCAGAUUUUGGUCAAUACAAUACAAAUUUAGAUAGAACCAAUCACUAAAAAUCAGUGUUCUGUAGGCUAAAUGCAUUUAAUCACCUGCAGAUUGAUUCAGUUGGACAUCAGAUUAGUAUCUGACUUGGUUGGUGUAGCUUAAUGAUUUAAAGCCACAAGGUGAAACUCUUAUUUAUGCGUAACCUAAGCAGCAACAGUGCAAGCAUCUGACUCCUUUGCUGCUUAUGAUGAUAUACAGUAUAUCAUUUACUAUAGUGAAAAAGGUGUGAUGAGAAACACAAUGCAACAACACUGUUCAGUUAAAUAGAAGGGAUAUAGUAUGAGUUUACUGAAGUUACAGAAAAUCCUAAACAAUUGGGGUUGUAGCAUUGCUACUGCAGUGCUCUUAAAGAGGUUUUUUUUGUUUUUGUUACAAUAAGCCACAUAAUCUAAUCAUGACUAAUGACUAAUCAAGUGUCUUGUUUCUUGCCAUGUGUGUUGCGUCACUUCUGGUGUAAAAUGGGCUUUAAUAAUGAUACUCAAUAACCUUAUGUACAUGUAUAUUGCUAUUCACAUGUCUAUAUAAAAUUUGAGAUUGGGAACAAGGGAAAUGAUUCAUUCUGUGCCAUUCUGUAACAUUUAAUUUCUUUGAAACUCCAAACACAAGCCAAACACAUCUUUUAGGUUCUGAUUAUUAAUUAACCUGUUUUUUGUUUUUGUUUAUUUGUUUGUUUUCACAUUGUUCCUUGUUUUCUUUUUCCAUGGAUGGCACAAAUGCAGCCAAAUGUUGUUAGCCUUCCUGUGCUGUUCAUUCCCGGUCAGGAAGUAAGAGUGUAAAAUGUAGUUAGGAAAAACUGAUGGCAUGUCAUGAUGGUAUUGCUGAGUAAUGAGUGAAGAUAUCAUUAUAUGAAGAAGAUAAUGUAUCAAAAAUGUUUUAUAAAUCAAGUAACUGUCCCUAGCAGUGUUAAAGGAACAUAUAAAAUAAAACACACAGUGUUCCUAAAUAGUUCAGAGCAAGACAAUUCUAAUUGUUAAGUCUAUGAAUAAUAUUAUAUCAUGGCACUACAACUGCUGACAGAAACCGACUCAUUGUGACUCAUUUGAAACAAUUUACUUUAAAUCUGUAAAUAAAGUAUAUACAUUUUUUUUUUUUUUAACCAUUUAUAACAACUAUGAUACAUGUGGUGUUUUUUUUUUUUUUUUUUUUUUUUCUCUUUUUUUUUUCUCUUUCCCUGUUCGGUAUUUGGUAGCUAAUGUAAAAAAGUAAUCCAUUCUUUUUAAGUGUCAUUAACACACAUAAAAAGCCUUUUAAAGGUAUAUUAGAUAUAUUUAUGUUUAAUAUUUAUUUCAAAUAUGUUCAUUUACAAGGUCUAAAGGUGCAGUUUGUAAAGUGUUUCUAGACCUUUCUCAUGCCACGCGGCGGAUUUUUUGCUCGUUUCCAUGUUUCAGCCUUUUAUUUGCAUUUUUCCGGUCUUUAAAUUUGUUCCACACAAAUGAAACAGUAAUGCUCAGCUCUGACCCAUUUAGGGAAAACAGAUGGGGUUGGGUUUGCUUUACUAGAAGUCAUGUGAAUGUUCUAAUGGGCAUUACAAUUAUAAUUACAAUCUAAUCCUCACAGGAGACACACUAACCUUUCCAAAACCCAUAAACCUGUAAACAUUUUUUUUUUCUUUUUCAGGUGCUGGUGUUUUUAAUUGAGUAGUUCCUUGGUCAGUUUUCUGAUUCUGUACACAAUGGCCAUGUUAUUAUUUUUACAGAGCUGUAAUGAGAAGGCUGUACAGUUGGUGAAUUUUUUU